GCUGGCAACACAUGCGUCUAUGAUAGGCAGUUACAGAGACUUUCUUCACAGACUGUGGCUCCAAAGCAACAUUGACAACAUCUAAUGGGGCUUCCACAUGGAUAACACCAUUACAUUUGUGCCUUGAACACAGACAAAACUUGGACGUGAACGCAGAUCAGUUCUGUGGUACUGUGGGUGAUACAUUUCCCUCGGAUUUUGCACUUUUGCUUCAGUGGACGAUGACUUCCAGAAGACCAAUGGCCCGCUCUGUCUCUGGCAAUGGGAGGACAAGCAGCUUCAGUGAAGAGGAGGGCAGCUCUUCCAAUGGCCGCUCGGAAAGCCGCAAUCCUUACCUCUCGAACGUUAGGCCUGAAAACAGGAGCACUUUGUGCAGCGUCAUGGCUCAACUGACCGAGGACAUACAGCCGUCCUUUGAGUCCACCUUGAAAUCGAAGGCAGUUUCAGAAAACUGCAAUGUGAAGUUUUCCUGUGUGGUAUCAGGUUACCCAGCUCCAGAACUGAAAUGGUAUAAGGAUGAUAUGGAAAUGGACCGGUACUGUGGACUCCCAAAAUAUGAAAUUCAUCGUAAUGGAAAAACCCACACCCUCCAUAUUUACAAAAGCACAUUGGAUGAUGCAGCCAUCUACCAGGUUUCAGCUAGCAAUAGCAAAGGUAUUGUCUCCUGCUCGGGAGUUUUGGAGGUCGGCACCAUGAAUGAGUACAAGAUCCACCAGAGGUUCUUUGACAAGCUGAAACAGAAAGCAGAAAAGAAGAAGAGCGAACUAGAGGGAAACACUAAGAAGGGGGGUAAAGAAAACGUUGAGAAAGAGAGACCGCAAAUUAGCCCCGAGCGUCCUCCAAGGAAGAGGCAUGUCCCCCCACUGGAGAGGAGACCGGCGGUCAAGGAGCCUGAGGCUGAGGAACAACUGGGAGCUGCUGCAGAACCUAAUGGACCUGUGGCAUCCCAAGUCCUGGAGAAGAAGAUAUCUCCACCUGAGGAAACCUUGGCCAAAAAGAAAACAAAGAUCACAAAUGGUGUAGAUGCUGAGGUCAGCAAAAGCAGCUGCAGCAGAACCACCAAUAUGAUGGGUAUUGGAGGAGAAAACUGUUAUGAUGGAGGAAUUGGUUUGGCACAAUUCCUGUCAGAGACUCUCCAGGCCACAGAGGAGAAAGAGAACUCAUCCAAAGGGGAAACCCCUGAAGAGAUGGAUAUACCUAUUGUAAGUGUCAGUAAAGAGAGCGAGCAAGAGAUGAUGCAAACAUUGAGGGAAAAACAAGAAAAAGAGGAAGAUUAUGUAAGGGAGAAAAAUAGAGCGGCUGAACUGGCCACAGAGAGGGACAAAGAAAGGGCAAGACAGUUGGAGAUGUCGCAUACACUACCAAACACAAAACAUGGUUCACAUGCCAGACAUCACAACAAGGCUCAUAAGGAUCAGGACCAUCACAACAUGCAGGCUUCCUUAACCUCUGUUCUUCACUCAGUCAAAGAUUUCUUCUUUGGUAAGACCAAAAAGGACUCUCAUGAUCACAUUGAGAACAAGGAAGGGGAGCUCAACCCUUCUCCUGUUUCAACGCCACCAUCAUUUCGGUUGCAAACAGGGCAGAACCAAGUGGGCAAGUCUCUCCAAGAGGACGUUGUGCCUAUGGAAAUGGAUCAACCAAAGGAGCCUUCUAAAUCUGUGGAUAUAGAACAACAGUCAGCGUCACUGAAGCCACAUGAACAUAAGCAUGAAGACAGUGUCCAACACACAGUCCAUCCACCAGAACAUAAGAUACCAACUGAGAGCAUAGACCAGCCCAGGCGGGAGAGUGUGAACGCAGAGGACAGUCCUGUGGAGGUCAUGGAGGUCUCUGUGGGGCCAGAGAUCAUUGGUCCAGGUGGAGAAAUGUCAUUAUCGGGGCUUCAAGUUCUCACUGAGGCUGAAGAAAAAUAUUCUCAGAUAGUAUCAGCUAUCAAAGAGGACUUCGUUCACCAGCAGGAGCCAGAUCACCUGGUAGUUUCACCUCAACCGUAUCAACGUGCUUCAAGAGAAGAGUCCUCACUUAGGGAUAAACCAACUCUUUUGCUACAGACCCACGGCCCUUACGAACAGGAACGUUCGCCCGUUCCCCCUGUCAACGUUAUCUCAGAGUCAAACAGCAAAUGCCUUGGAGAAGCAUCCUGUGAAACGUUACAGGAACAGAAGAUAAGCAGUGCAAAGAUGGCUACAGAACCUGACACAGGGGAGUGCCCUUCCUCCAAUAAGUCAUGUGAGGAUGAGAAAACUGAAGUGAAAUCAAACAAACAGCCUUGCUUGGAUAUAAACAGAUCUGAGAUUACCAAAUUAAGAACAGGUUCACUGGAAGAGAGAAUAGAGCCAUGUCAAUUUGACUCACCAGGUCAGGUGCUUUCACCUCUCCCUGCUGUGGCUACAGACAGUGUAGAGAAAGAUAAUGUUAAAGAACAGACAGAAUGUACUUCACUUAUUCAGGAAAUGAAUGUAGGCUUUCCGAUUACUGUAGCCCCAGAGAGUUUAGAAAAGGUUGACCUAAAUAUGCAGCAAGAAUGCACUUCUUCUGUAGUAGAGGAGAGCACUAAAAUCCACAAUGUCAGUGCAAUACAGAGUUUAAACACAGGUUUGAGAAGCAGUGAAGAGGAAAGCAAAUUGAAAGAGUUAUUGAUUUCUGCUUUAGAUUCAGAAGUGAAGUCUUGUAACGAUCUUAGAACCCAAGAGGUGGAGGCAAUUUUAGAAAGUGAGAGCACUGAAGCAAUGAAUGAGUGUGUAAAGUUAGAAGUAAAGACUGAAAAGAUAAAACCAGUGAAAGCAGAUGAGUUUGAUGAAUCAAAGAGCCUUUUAUUAACAGAAAACAAGAAACACAGGAUUGAUUCACAUCAAAAUGGCUGUGUGAUUAAGCAGGGCCAGCCUUCACUGAAGAUCCCAGAGAUCAAAAUAUCUAGUAUUGAAGACAUCCCAGAUAUAAAUCCAACUGUGGCAGGCGUAAACCCAAUGGAACAUUUUGUAAUUCCAAUAAUUGAAAUAAUCGAGCCUGAGCUCAAAGAGCCCACUCUUCCACUAACUAUUCUGGCACCAAACAAGGACGAAUCAGAGCCUCCUACUUUGCAAAAACAUGAUACAACUCAUGUGUGUGAGGUAAUAGAGCAGCAUUUGGAUAAUUUUCCAAGUUUGCUGCCCACACACAAAAGUAUGCAGAAUGACAGCAACCUCUCCCCUACAGAUGUAAUAAAGGAAGUUGCGCAAUUAGAUGACAAGAGAAAUAUUUUUGAGCUGGAGCCAGCACACAAGAAGAGCAGGGAACAGCUCCCCCAGAUGAAUCAUGCAUCAAUUCCUGUUAUAAGUGUUUCAUGCACUGAUGAUAAGGAGGAUAAGGUAUGUGUAAAGGCACGGCAGACUGAUGAUACUCCAACAGUGCCUUUGUUUGUGGUGCCGCCAAUAUCCAUCACUUGUCAUGAAAGUGAUUCUGGACUCACACUGCCAACUCAAAGUGAGUGGACAGAAACAGAAACUUCAGCUGCUCCGCAAAGGGGAACCAAGCAGGAUGCUGAUAAUGAGAAUAAUACAACUGCGGCCGGAAAAACUCAAAGUGGCAAGCAGAAGCAAGUAAAAACUUCAGAAAAGGGUAUUAAAGAACACACUAUGCUAUAUGAAGCUCUGAUUCCAAAAGUUGGUGACAAUGUGCUUUCCUUCAAUAACGUAGCCAAAGACAACAUUUUACCUGAAGUCUUGAAGGUAAAAAAAGAGGCAAAGAUAGAGAAUACUGUGUCUGUAGAGGACCUCCAAAGAAACAGACCAUCUGUUGAGAGACUCUGCUUUAAACCCCCACCACACCCAUCAUUGAGUCCAGCCAGUCUUCGCAAAUUCAUGUCCAGAGCUUCUCAAGACUCAGACAUAUUUACUAAUGACAAAACAGAUGAAGAUUUAAGUGGAGGCUCAACACCCACAUCCUCCCUGUCCUGUGAGAGCAGUCCCCGUCUGAAGCGCAGAGACAGUCUGACACUCAUACGCUCCGCCACGCCUGAGGAGCUGGCCUCCGGAGCUCGUCGCAAGAUAUUCAUGUCGAAACCUAAAGAAGAUGGAGAGGGAGCAGUGGUAGGUGCCUUGGAUACUCUAAGCAAGAAGGAGAGCCCUUACAUGUCACCCAGCCAGGCGCGCAGAGCAGCAUUACUACAAGCUCCCACUGGACAAAACACCCCACCAAUGGAGAGGCGCUCUCCUCUGCUGAGCCGCAGGAAGGCCACCUUGGAGGUGCCAAAGGUUGUGGAGCAGACUCCCACUGUGGAGCCAGUGAGCACCAAACCAGAGGAGAAACCUGCUGAAAAUAAGCUAGACCCUUUGAAAGCUCCGCAGGUCAUCCGUAAGAUCCGGGGGGAGCCGUUCCCGGAUGCCUCCGGACACCUGAAGCUGUGGUGCCAGUUCUUCAACGUGCUCAGUGACUCCACCAUCAAGUGGUACAGAGAUGAAGAGGAAAUUCUAGAAGUGAAGAGAAGUGGAGGAGAUGAAAGCCAAGUAGCACUGGCUGUUGUUUUAGCAUCCAGCCAUGACUGUGGGGUAUAUGGCUGUACGAUCAAUAAUGAAUAUGGGACUGACACCACUGACUUCCUGCUCAGCGAGGACAUUCUGUCUGAGAUACUACUAAAAGAUGACUUGGAAGUUGGAGAGGAAAUCGAGAUGACCCCGCUGCUGUUCAGCAAAGGCCUGGCGGACUGUGGCAGCUGGGGUGAAAAAUAUUUUGGCCGCAUCAUGACCGAGACUGCGCAGAUUGGAGAGGGCUGCGCUCACAAGGCCAGCAAAGUGAAGGUCAUUUAUGGCCUGGAUCCCGUCUUUGAGUCUGGAAGCGCAUGCAUCAUCAAAGUUCAAAGCCCCAUCGCCUAUGGGAACACACAGGAGAGCAACCUGCCAGACAAAAAUCUACAGAUAACUAAGCAAGAAUGCAAAGUCCAAAACAUGAUGCGAGAAUACUGUAAAAUCUUUGCGGCUGAAGCAAGACUUAUUGAGAACUUUGGCUUUUCACUAGAAGUGAUUCCUCAGUAUCUGAUGUACCGGCCUGCAAACUCUGUGCCAUAUGCCACAUUGGAGGCUGACCUUAAAGGUGAAUUCCUCAAGUACUGCAGGAUGGAUCCUAAAAGCAGGCUGAUAACACAAACCGGCUCUGAGGUGGAGCAGAAAUGCAGCACCUUCCAGCAUUGGAUCCAUCAGUGGACACACGGCAAUAUGCUGGUUACUCGUCUGGAGGGUGUUGAAACAAAGAUAACAAAUGUUGGAGUUGUGACCAAGUCAAAAGGAUACCAAGGACUAACAGAGCAGGGCUCUCCCGAGGUGUUCGAACAGUUCCUGACACACCAUCAGUGCAACUACUACUGUGGACUUCUCGGCCUACGCUCACUGAAGUCUAUUGACAGUCAACCCACCAAGAUAAAGGGCUCCAGGAGCCCCCUGCUCAACCGCAAGCUGGGAUCUAACAGCCCACAGCUGCAGAGGAAAGGACAAAGCCCUCAGACGUCCCGAAAGGCUAGCCCAAAGGUGACUAGAAGAGUCCAGGAGACAGAGGAUAAUAAAUCAGGCGCAAAGCCCAAGCCUGCAGUAACUGUUGAUGUUCUUGAAGUGAGUUCAUUUAAAUAUAUGCUGGUGAAUGCAAAGCAAUGAGGAGCGAGGGGCUUACCAGUCAACUCUUUAACUAUGGUAUGCUCAUGCUCAUUGACAUGAAAACACACGGGUGUGUUCCCAGCAAUGAGGAAAGCUGCUGAAUGAGUUCCACAGAGUAAUUUGGAUCCGACCUAUGGACUGUGGGAUAAAAGCACACUGAACAAAAAGAGCAGGCUCAGCGCUUUCAGAAGCCUAUUAAUCACUAAGUAAGGCUCCCUGAAUGAAGUCUGUCAAGUUUUACAGCAACUGGCAACCACCUUCCACUGAACAAGAGAGCUGUGAGUAUUUCUAGUGCAGGUAUUCAAAGUUAAAUAGUAACUGUAGUCACUUGCCUUUUACGAAUAAUAAAGACCUGACAUGAAAUCCUUAGGAAUUCCUAAAAAAGGAAUCAAUGAUCAAUGAGAGUUUUCAAAGCUGCCGUUACUUAACAUCUCUGUAAUUACAUGAUUCUUUAUCAUAUAUAAAUUAUAAAAGAGGUUGGAAUAAAGUUGAAACAUCGACCAGUGGAUGACGGGGAAAUCACUGUAAUGUUAAGGUGUGGUGUCGUGUUAAACAAACUGUACUGUGUUUGUGUACAUAAAGUCAAAGGACUGAUUAUCUGAAGAGUGAUUGAAUGAUGUCAAAUCAUGUCAGCAAAUGUUUUUUUAAAUAAAAAUGUUUAAAAUGAAAAA